GACGACUUCGCAAGAUAAAGAUAUUUAAGCAAUUUUGCUCUUGCAGAGUUAUCAGUUUCUUUCUGCUCGUGCAACUUUAAACACUGACGCAAUAAACACAUGUUUUCACAAGAAUGAGAGUGUUAAUUAUACUUUGUACAAUUUUUGUACUAACUUAUGGGAAACCGGAAGGAUAUUUCCAGCAACAUUACCAGUACAAGAAAUCGUCGUCGACUUUUAAGAACAACGAACUGCAAACCAAAAAUGACGAUCAGGGUUACUAUUCGAAGCAGGGUGAUUUAGAGAGGCAACAUCAGGCUAAAGUGGACCAAGGCAAUGAACGUUCCGAGUUCAUAAAUCCUUCCGUCGAUGGUAUGGGACACACUGUUACCACUUUCAACGAUAGGGAUUUGACUUCGGAAGCGGAGAACGCGUUUAACAGACACAAUUUGAAACCAGGUACUUCAGGUUAUAAUGCUUAUUCGUCGUACAGCACGAACAAUUUGGCUGGGCAAAGUGGACACAGAAGCAGCAAUCCGACAACAUACAGGAUCCAAUCGAACUUGGGUCAGCUGUGUAACAGCGUGGAGCAGGAUAUAUCUAGGCAAAUCCAAGAGGCGGUUUCAAAGUCUUCGUACUCGUCAUAUUCUGCGAGCCAAAAUCUUAGGUACCUUGAAAGUGAACUGAAGUCUAACAUCACUAGGAAAUUGCAAGAAGCAUUGGAUAGGCAAUACGGAAGACAGAGUCAACGCGGUUCAUUUUCGUAUACCUUAUCUUCUACCGGCUCAUACAGCCCUCAAGCCAACUACGAAACGCAAGAGUUAGCGGAUUUGCGUAAGCAAAUCGAGAACAACUUAUUGACGAAACUACGCAACGAAGUUCAAACUUACAGCGAAAGCAACUACCAACAGAGAAGCGACCAGAACAGUUAUGGCUAUCGCGAUUCUGCUGAGAUCGAAGAUUUGAACAGAUAUCCUUCUCGCGGACAGCAAACCGAAGAACCAACUUAUUACACGACCCAAUAUCCGGAGAGAAUUACGCAGAGCAGACCAAACGCUCAUUCAUCUAGCUAUAGCAGGGGUUCCAGCUAUUCCGGAUCUUCAUCUUAUAACACACAAUAUCAACCAACCUACACGGUUCAACAAACAGUUCCGGUACAGAGGAUCGUAAUUCAGCCAUCCAUCAGCAUAACAGACCUUGCUAGCCAGGUUCAACACGAUCUUUUUACAAAUGUAAACGAUAAACUUAGAGCGUACCAGAAAUCAUUGACUAGCAGCGCGUACACUUACACUAAUACCCGUCCAGAUUUCAAUGCUAAGCUCCAAGAGUUUAAAAAUGAAUUGAUUAACAAUAUUACUAUUCAAUUCUAUGAUAACAUUGAAAGAAACCUCGGAAGGCAAGUUACAAAGGAUGGCUAUUCGUUUAGUCAAGGACAGACUACAAACGCAAAUUACAGAAUUAAAGAUUUCGAAAAUUUAAAGAGCCAGCUCCAGGAAAACUUGGUCAAUCAUUUAGAAAAAAGUUUCAAGCAGCAAGAAGAAAGUUACCUUUCUAGUAAGCAAACCAGCAGCAGUUCCUACAGUAAUUUGGGAAGGAAAUACGUCCAACAUGGUCCAGCUUAUUCCCAACAUUUGACCAAUGAACAUGCUGGAAAUUCAGAUUAUUACAAUCGCCCUACGUCGUACGUACCUAGAGAUUCGCAAACAAGCGAAAGCUCCUCCUCGUACGCAUCCUCUUACAAUCAACAGAGCCAGUUACAAGAUAUCAGAAACGAAGUUUUGAAGGAUUUAGGGCAAGAUGUCCAGUACGCUAUAAUCCCAUCUCACAGCCAAUACAGUCAAUCGGAAAUUGAUCGUUUAACCCAGGAGUUACAGAGGAAUUUGACGCUUAGGUUGGAGGAAUCUCUGAAGAGCCAUUACGGUAAUCAAGGUAUGCGCAACGGCUAUUCCUACACGAUUUCAUCGUCCGGAUCAUUGAAUCCUAAUGCAAAUUACAAUAGCCAAGAUUUGCAAUAUCUCACCCAGCAAUUGCAAAAGGACUUAGAAAGACAAUUGAACGAACAGAUUAGUCGGCAUAGCCAAACUUCAUCUUACAGCCAAACGUCAUCGUCGUCAUCUUAUAAUUCAAACCCCAGCUAUCGCAAAGGCUAUUCGAGUUCCGGAAACAGAGAGAUGAAAAGAAUGGAAUCGUACGGACAACAACAUUAUUGCGAUGAUUGCAUGCAAGGGGACCAGCCAUACUCAAAGCACGACCAUAUGGGACAAAUGCAGCAAGACUAUGAGUAUGGUGAUGAUGAUGCACAACAACAGGUACAAGACAUAGAACAAUGGCCGAUGAAUAGCCAAUAUGUAAAACCUCAAACAUCAUAUGUAGGGCAGCAACCUGUCGACUACGAAGAUUUGUCACAGAAUGUAGAACAAUUUAAUCACCACUCUUUUAACCAAAAAAUAACGAAGGACGAUGUUUACAAUAAACUGGAAGUCGCUACGACAACAGUCAAACCAAAGAUCGAAAGGACUCCAGUUCAUUUCAACAGCUAUGAACCUUUGCGCUUGGCCAAUGCUCAGGGAAAGCAAUACAACAGGGGUGACCAAGUCGAUGAAGAAGGACAACGUGUAAUGGAUGAGGAUACAGUAAAAGUGCACAUUGGUGGUCAAUACAACCAACUGCCCCAGCAACAACAAACCGUAGAAAAACACGUCUCUACACCAUUGCAAACAGUCAACUCGUUAGGCGUUAAUUACAAUCAACACAGUUACGAGGGCCAGCAAACGGUUGAUUAUGAAGACGCAGACAUGUACCAGCAACAUAUGGAUAGACAACAAGUCCAGAAUUUCGAUAAUAACCCAUUCAGACAAUUUCAAGUCGGCAGUCAAAUUAACAAACAUCCCGAACAAGAAAUUGCACCGAGCUUUAACUUCAGUCCUUUAGAAGUAAUAGCACAUCAAGGGUCAAACUACAAUCAAAGACAGACUACGCAGCGUGUCGAAGAUUUAAACAAGUUGGAUAAGCAAAAGGAUUCCCCGAAAAUCGAUAAUUCUAUUAACAAGCAUGAACAGCAAAUCGAGGAUUUUGAAGAUGAACAAAGGCAAGUCACACAUGGAAAAUACACAGACCAAGAGUCAGACUUAGGACAAAAGGUAGUAGAUUACGAUGACUUAUCAUUUUCGAGUCAAAAACAUACUGGAUCCGAUGACCAAGAAGUAUAUUCGCAAAUUCAUACUAGCCAAACACAACAUAAACCUACAACUGAUGAUUUGGUACACCAAAAAGUAGAAGAUCCUAAAUUGGAAUCUCAAAACAGACGAUUCACCGUUAACAAACCAAGCUAUUUUUACGGACAAAAAACAGAAGACUUAACGCAAGAAACGGAAGACUUAACACAAGAAACCGAAAACAACAACAGACAAAGAGUGAAUGGACACUCAUACUUUGGAGACCAUUCACAAGAUUAUGACGAUCAGCAACAACAACAACAGGUACAAGAAGAUUAUUUCACUACACCCAAGAGCAGUGGCUCUAUUAGUUUAAGUGAUGCCCAUAACACUUACAUCAGGCAAUCGCAAUAUCAAGGAGCAUCUAGCUACAAUCAAUUUGCACAUGUUGAGCAACAACAAGAGGAGCAGCAGCAACAAUUACCAACCAGAUACAUAAAUCCUGCUGUUAUGCACCACUCGAAUUCCCAUGAAAUUAACCAAGUACAACAGGUGCAGACACACCACAUUCCAAAAUUGGAAAUACAAUCUGCUAAAGUUUUAGAGGACCAUAGAAACGGCAACGGUUACAAUUACGGAGUUGCUUGGAACGCACAAAAUGAGUUUGAACAAGCUCAAGAAUUUGAUGUACAGAAAAUAGAAAAGCAAAAUGCAAAGCAAUUGGAGGGUCAACAUGCUGUCAGUGGUUACAACUAUGGAACUUCUUGGCAACCCAGGGAAGACUUUGAACAAGUUCAAGAAAUGGAUGAACAGAAAUUGGAGAAGCAAACUGCUAAAGUUAUGACCAGCUAUGGUGCAGGUUAUGGAACUGCAGAGGAGCAUGAACCAACUGUUGUGGAUGAUACUGUGGAAGUUGUCACAGAGCCUGAGCAAAAAGGAUUCUGGAAGAAAGUCGGUGGUGGCAUCACCAGUACUUUCAAUUCUGCCAAACAGAAAGCUAAAGGUUUAGCUGAGAAGCUGAACAUUCUCUAAUUUACUACAAUAAUGAUUUUAUGAACUGUUGACCAAUUUACCAGAUUACUUUUUAAUUUAUAUAUAUGAAAAUAAUGUAUUUAUAAUCUAUUGAUUUUAUAAUAGAAACACAAUUAAA